AUGGCGACGCUGACGCAUCCUGCCGGUGGCAGCUGUCAGGUUUCCCUUCCAGGAGUCAGGGUGACCACAUGGAAAGGAGCCGACGGCGUUGAAAGGCUGGCAGGAGGUCCUGAUGGAGGACUUUUGUCUCAUGGUUUGGAAGGCAUCAUUGCGUCGACUGACUGGACCAUCGAGAGCCUGGUCGGCGGCGGGGGUGAUGGCGACUCGCUCGCCUUCUCUGCCUUCGCAGAGGCUCGGUCGGCUGACGGCGUGCCGGUGCGUUCCAGGGCUGAGGUGCGGCUCUGGGCCGGAAGACUGGCGUUGAGCCUGGAGGUGGCCCAUGCAGGUGGCGAGGAGAUGGAGUGGGAAGAGGAAGAGGAUCCUGCAGGUGUGGCGGACGAGCGGCGUGCGAAGCGGAGUCGCAUCCUUCCGCUGCCUCUUCCCGACGUCGGCCUGCAAGGAAGCCUUUGCUGCAACGAGGCAGCCGGAAGCGUCGGCGGGGUCGGUGGGUACCAGGAUGGCACCAAAGACGCCUUCGACAAGACAGGUGUUCGCUUGGAGACGAUGGGCUUCUCUGUCGUGAAGUCCGCAUCAUCAGGAUCUGUGAUGCAGUUCAAGACUCUCGCGCCGACUGAAAUAGCUCUACAGCCAGGCGAGACGGUGUCCGGCAGCCUUCAGCUGACGCUGUUUUAG